AUGAAAGAAUCACUGGUUCAUGGUCUUUCCGGGUCUCUAAGUGCGAUCAUUGCAACUCUGUUCCUGCAUCCUUUAGACACAAUUCGAAUCCGUAUGCAGUCAACUCAUUCAAAAACCACCCUUAGACUUUUCCUCAAAGAGCUCAGAACCAACGGAAACCUAAUGUCUCUAUAUUCCGGUUUUAUUUCUUCUAUUAUCAGUACAGCCACUAGCCAAGGAGUCUACUUCCUAGUCUACAAAGCAAUGCAAGUGUUUUUAUCAAAGGGAAAGCGCGGGCUUACAGUUUUAGACGAUUUAAUUGUAAGCGUAAUUGCAAGUUUUAUAACCAUCCUUGUCAAUACUCCUAUAUGGACUGUAAACACAAGACUUAUGAAGUCUUAAUCUUAAUCUUAAUUAGGAGAUUAUCAGCUGCUAAGCUAUUACUUGUUAACGCAGUCACCCAGACCCCCUCGAGGGUUUCCUCCGCUUUGCGACUUCCGCCUACAGGACUCUGAUUUUACAGCUAGCCUGUUCUGUUUGUCGUCUCCUCCUUGCAAGCUACAACCUUGCUCCAGUCUUGAUUGGGGCAGAUUUAGGAAUUCUGCGGCCUUGCUUGAGGCUGUGGGUACGAGGUUGCCCAUUCCGAAAAUUUGAAAAGCAAAUUUUCUGGUAUGGCUGUCGGCCAGAAAGGAAAUCCAAGCCCGGGACGCAACGCCCAGUAUCGCGCUAGGGAAUUGCCCGAUUGAUCAGGAGAAGACUCCUGGUGCUGCUGAGCUUCCCCUUUCCAACUUGGAAGACCCUUCCUCCUCGGGGUAAAAACCUUGGUGACAGAAUGAGCUGCGGUCGACCAAAUUCGACAUUGCGCUCCACUGUGUCAAGGUAAAACCCAGCCGGAUACACAUUCCGAGCGCCUUUUCCCCUUCCACAAGGUCCCCGGGAUACCCGGCUACAGGUGUUGAGGAAAAGGGCUGGCUCUCCAGUCGCCAUUUUUAUGUAUCAAAACUUAUGAAGUCAGAAAAAGAAGAAAGCAUUUCAAGCUGCUUUUCGUCAAUAAUAAAACAUGAAGGGAUACAAGGCUUAUUCAAAGGCAUGGGAACAAGCCUGGUGCUGAUUUUGAAUCCGGUGAUUCAAUUUGUUACUUAUGAACAUAUGAAAAGAAGAUUCAAACAGAAAAAACUCAAUGCGGGAGUCUAUUUUAUAUUUGGGGCACUGACAAAGUUUAUUGCAACGAUGGUGACUUAUCCGUUUUUGACUUUGAGAACAAGAGUUCAGCUGGAAGACCAGAAAACUCUGAGCUUUGUGGAUGCGCUGAAGGAUAUUUUGGAAAAUGAAGGAGCAUCAGCACUAUAUAAUGGAUUGUUAACGAAGGUGCUGCAAGCUGUCUUGAAUUCAGCUAUUGUUUUGGCAAGCCAUGAACACUUGACCAAGAUACUUUGCUUGCUCUGCUUACUCUUACGUCUAUUAUGAAUUAAUUUUUUUUCAGAUAUUGAUUUAUUUUAUAAUUGUUUGGAAGAUUUUAAUAUUUUUCUUCUUAUAUAACGAGUUAACCAAAAAAAUCCGUGUAGCCGCAAAAUAG